ACAAAUGGCUGAAAUUGUUACUUCCUAAUAGUGACGACGAAGACAUUAAUCCAAUUCAAUUCGAUAAAUAUACAGAUCGAUAGGCUUUUGUGAUAUUGAUGCUCUAAGAACAAAAACUUUAUCCAUUGUUCAAAUAUACGUUUACGUGACAGUCAUCAGCCGUCUCAAAUGUCGUAACAAAGUUUGUCAAAACUUCAGGUGUUUUGUCUAAGAUCUAACUAGGUACCUGUCUAGUGGCUAAAUCCUAUUACAAUCUAGUUAUAUCUGAAUCAAUCGACGUUGAUCUGAUUCCUGCCAUUUACCUCCUGUCUCACGUGGCCUGACAGCUCCGCGUCGUGGCGGAAAACUAACGAAUUAGCACAACCAGUCACAUAAUAACUCAACUAAAAACAGCAAAGUUCCUGAUUCGAAAUUUUGUUUUAUGUGUUUUUUCAAUCUAAGCAACAGCUUUAACUGUAGAAUGAAUUCUGCUCUGCGUGCAGAACGUAUGACGUAAACAAUGAUUCAAAAGUUCGCGCCGGAAAGUAUUGUAAAUACCUUAAUUUUUUUUCUCUUUUUCUUUUAUGCUAUUCCACAUACACAUUAGCGUCAUUAUAGUCUGAAUUUAUAGAAUAGAUUCCACGCAGUAAUUGUGGUGUCAUUGGACCUGAAACAUUGUCUUUUGAGAUUGUUCGAGUAAUCUCAGGUAGAGCCCUUAUCUGGUAAUCGAUGUUAAUGAGCGCAAUGAGGGUUCUCCUCUAUCUCUCCGUAUCCAUCACGAUGCUCCGAUAGAGUACAGUAUCGUUAUUAUUUGUCCACAAAGCUAUUUGGAACAAUCAAUACAUCGCCUACAAUGUAAAACUUGGGUUCAAUCGAUGUUCUGUCAGUUCUACCCGCUGGAGCUUGAAACCGUCCCGCGUCUCACAGUUGUUUCUGAGGCUACCAGGUAACUAUCCCUUGUAAUCAACGGCUUCAUCUCUGAACCCAGUAAAAUUCAAAUCUUCUGUUGAUGCCUAUUUCUUAGCUUCCCAACUUUCCCCCAAGCUUCUGGUAUGUCAGUAAAAGGCGAUCAAGCAGUAACCUUGCAAUAUCAUAUAUAUGAAUCGUUAAGUGUAUACGACGGUAUAGAGUAGUCUUGUUUGUUUUGUAUUCAAUUCCCUCCAUUGUAACGAUGCAUGGCUUUCUCGAAGUGUUCUGUAGCCUCCUACAUAGGGACGAGAAAAGACUGGCGGAACUAGACCUUUGGCGACAAAAGCAAAAUACAUAGAGGAUCUCUGCACAAAAAGCGCGCAAGUCUGUGAUCCUUUUCUUAUUCCCCAAACGGUCUAAUUUUGGGCCAGCUCAGUGCCCGCCGUAGGAUUUCAGGCAUUUAGAAAACAAGCAACUUCAACCUUCAGACCUCAGCAGGACACCGGUUUGAAUUUUCUCUCCGGAUUUGCCCGUCCUCUGUCGCCAUCGCCAUAACUGCCUACCCGUAUAUAUCGUCCUUCUUCCGACUACGUCUUUCAGAAGAGAUUUUUUGACAGCCUGUAGCAGUAGGUCUUAGAUUUUACGGGCAAAGAAGGCCAUCCUCACUUCAAGCGACACCAGCAUCCUUAAACAUCACAAUUACCAUCGACCCAACAACGUUAAAGACGGUGAUUUCGCCGCUUGCACUCAGCCCUCUUCGAAGCCUGAAUAUGGACCCGCUAAAUGGCUCCGUAGGGCACGUCGAUCGGCGACGCCUUGCUCAGUCCUGCUGAGUCCGCGCCCAGCCCGUGUCCAACAGGGAUAGAGUCCUGAUCUGGGUACCCGUCCAGCUAAAGCUGCCCUGUAUAGUUGUUAUGCUUGCUUCGGCAUCGAUGUCAGACAGAACUGCCAUCAAGCGUUGUUCUUUAGUUGGUUUAACAACCACGCUGUUCGCUUGCUAUCAUUUCGAGUUGUUUAUCGUCCCGCAGUUAUCGGCCAUCGCGUGCUGUUUCGGUGGUUUCGCCUCUAGCUACCUUUUGUCAUAGCCCGUACACGCGAUCUUUUUUGACGCGCGCACACGUUCGUGUUGGUUUUAGUGUACCAUCGUUCGGUCAGUCACUGAGUCGGCUGGUUAUCUUUUCACUCCGGACGCUUCUCUUUUAGAUACUUGGAUCUAGUCCGCUCCUAACCAUUUGCCGUAACACUGCCUUUGUUGAGUGUCUCCUGUUGAGAGCUGUUGUAGCUGCUAAAAAACGCUUCUUCGUCUUCAUCGCUAUUAUGUAGUAUUUUGGCUUGCGACUGGCUACUCUUAGCCUCACGACAGAUCUCGCAUAGGUUUUACGAACAGGUCUACGGAUCUGCGGAUCGAUCGAUCUAGUGACAAAACGCUGUGUACGAAUCUGCGCAGAACUGCAGGGACUCAAGAACACGGACAAUAAAGCGUCAUUUCGCUUGUAUCAGCAGAAACACCGUGCGCUCUUCAGGUUUGCCUUUCUGGGGCAGAGUCUUGCUCACGAUAGCUGAACUACGUCGCCCUUCAUUAUGUGCUUCUGGCUUUCUCCAAUCUUUUUCAUCUUCCUUCAGGCUCGUUUUCGUCUAUUUUUGACUAUUCCUAUCGCUGCGCCUCACUGUCUCUCGCUUUUUCGCCUUUAUCCGCUUGUCUAGCUAUCCCGCUUUCUUGUUUUGAGUCUUCAUUCUAUAGCUCGUCCGACUAGAUCCACUGUCUAUAGGGCUAGUUGUCGUCUUUGGACGCCUAUGAUGUGGCGCUCCGUUGACUCGCUAUACUUUAGUAGGCGUGCUAAUACUAUCUAUAUUUCGCCCCGUAUACAACUCGUCCUGAACGAGCUGAACUUGGUAACAGCAUUUUCAUAGGCUACAGGGGGCAUCAUCUUCUUUUGAUGUGUCGAAAGACUGUUUCUAUUUUGCUACGUCGCAUCUUCUGUGUGCUGACGGCCAGUGAUAGCCAAGUGGUUGCGCGAAGAACGGCGUGGUAGAGAGGAAACGCUGGAACGGGUCUGUGCCGCUAGACCCAUAACGAGGCAGACCUACGAUACAGCUGUGGUGGUGACUCUGAAGAGCAAUGAUGCGUCUCCGGGCUGAGGAGAGAUAAUCAGUCGUAGCGAUUGGUGCCGCUGCUGUACUGAAGUUGCUUCGAGUGCGACCGCUGCCGCUUCUGCUGACGUCAACUUAAAUCGAGUCGGUGUCCCAAUGAAAGCUGCUAAAUAAUAGGAAGACCCAGAGCACUAGCAAUUGGCUGUUGAGGCUCAAUUCUGCCUUACGUUGGUGUUAGGUAUUAGUCAUCGAGCGUGAUCUCCAGCCAAUUCACUGCUUCCGCACCUUGGCCCCCUCUCGUCGUUCAGAUUGGUCCAAGGCCGAAGUGAAUUUAGCCUACUCUAUUGAAGAUUUGUCUUUUCGUGCUUCUGCGUUGUCGUGGCCGUUCAGUAGGCCUUUGCUCAUUCGCUGUGCUAUUUCGUCGCUUACCUGACCAUACAAUAUAAUAGUGCUUAGCUAAGCAGAGUUAGCGAGAUAAAGUCCAGCUCGGCUUACUUCAGCCAUCCCUCUCCUGGCUGGUGCUAUUCGGGGUCAACCGGAGGCUUUGUCACGCUAUAGUUUCUAGUUGUUAUCAUGGUCAAAACAGUGGUUCUAGUCCUCGUAGAACCCUAACACGAAACUGCCAUGGCCAAUGAUGCUGGUGAUGAUGAUUAUACCAAACCAUUGCUAAGGGAGUGAGUAGCGGCUGUCGUUAGUAGCUUUGGCCGUGAGUGGGAGGGGGAAAGAGCCAUCUGAUGAGAAGGGAGUGGCGCGACUUGUAGCCGCACUAGCGCCAGCUACACCAGCCAACCCGCGACCAUUCUGUUUUUUGCCGAAUGGUCCCCGUGGCUUCACUUCGACUACAUCACGACGGCUACAAGAAGAGAACAAGCGUCUGCCUACCGGCCGGCCGGCCGGCCGGCCGGCCGCUCAUUGGCUCACGGUGCGCGGUUCACAAACGAAGAAGGCCAAGCCGUCAAGAUAACAAGUCAGCCUGUGGCUGUCGCGUACGGCUUUCUUUUUUGCCGUUGGUGCUUCACCGUCGCCUCUACAAUUGUGGUACUGUUAUUGCCAAUUGCCACUCGGAACUGUUGCCGCUGCGGCAACUCAUGAGUUACUCAUGCAGUUUCGCCCGUUUGCUGGCAGUUACUUCUGCUGCCGCCGCGACGGCCGUAGCUGCGUCCGUCAUUGGAAGAGAGCGCUUUGUCUGCCCUCCCUCAUUCGCCGACUCACGGAGUCACCGGCUCUCUCACGAGAUAACAGCGUCCCGUCAGACUGCCGGCCAGUCAGCUUGCAGCAGAAGCUACAGAGAGUCCUCGACGGAGCCUGUUAGGAAGAGAAACGCCGCUGCUCCGAAGAGAAGCGUCCGUUGGCGCCGCUAUUCAACCAAAGAAAACACGAGCGUCAGCGAAACGGUUACAACACUCCACGCUACCUGUAUAGGAGAUAGAGGGAGAACGCGCGUUGUAAAAAUAGAAGUGUUCGCUCUGUGCGUCCGAUAGAACUGAAGUGAACCGUCACGACGACAACGGUCAAAUCGCCAGAAUAAAACAGAAGCAAAACAGGAUCAGACAACGCGAACGCACACCAGCUUGUUACCCUGAAAUACGCCAAGCCAAUUCGAAUAGAGUCGUAAGUUUCUGCAACAGAAGUUUACUCCUGGUUGUUGAUUACUCGUUGCUAGUUAAUCGCCGGUGGAUUUGCACAGAGAAUCGGGACGUAAACGACUUAAUUUCCUGAGUAGCACAGCUAGAUAAUGAGGACACUGUGUUGGCCAGGUCUGGCAUCAGAAAGGAAAGAAAAAUAAAAUACUUCGAUCAGCAGGAAAACUUGUUCUCAAGCGUAUUACUGAAAUGUGCAUUUGGCAUUGAGGUGCUCGUGUGGUGCUCGAUAGGAACGAAGUUGAUAACGAAUUUGGAUAGACUUGACAGGUAUCUGUGCCUGAUGCGACCUAGUGGUAAACCGUGAUGAAAAGUACAGAACUAGACACCCCGUGGAUAUGUUUUUACUGUAUUUGUUAGGUGUCAGUUAGACGAGUGAUGUGAGUGAAGCUCGGACUCUGCAAUGCGCGGUAUUGUCGAAUCAACGGAGGUUUAUUUUACUAUCUUGUUCAAUUUCUCGUAAACCAGAGUAAAGUCUGAAGCCGUAUCCUUUUAGGACAAGGUUUUCGGUAAAAUUAUACCAUGAAAUCGAAUGCCCAACGGCCUGUUGGAUCUCAUCGGUCUCACAGCAUGACUCUCGCCUUCUGCACGAUUUGAAUAGAUAGUGUACUAUCUCAACUCAAGGACCUCUAGGGAAAACCCUGUCACUUGGCACCAAACGAAAAUAGUACCACAAAAUUACGAUGAAGCCAACAAGUUCUGCCUUGCAUCUUAUCAGGUUUCUACUAUCAUGGCUUCUACCGUCGUGUGCGUACACGUCGUCGGUCGUUAAUGUUCACUAUAUCGAGCAAAAUAUUAUUCGGUUUGCCCACGAGGGCGCAGAGAACUUCAGUCAACUCCUCUUCGAUGAAAAUAAUCAGCAGUUGAUUGCCGGUGGACGGGAAUUUAUUUUUCGGUUAAGCCUCGACGAUCUAAUGCCACUUGAAAGCCAUGAGUGGGUCUCGUCGAAUAAGACGAUUGAGCAAUGCAUUCUCAAGGGCCAGACGGCUCUAAACUGUCGUAACUACAUAACUAUUCUCCAUAAGAACAACGGGUCAAUCUUGGCGUGUGGAACAAAUGCAUUUUCGCCGCUAUGCCGACGAUAUUCCCCACACGAUUUAAGCUUCGUCCUCAGCGAGGAGACAGGAAUCACCAAAUCACCCUACUAUCCAAUAGCAAACAUUACUUCACACAUCACCGCUGACGACAAUCUCUUUCUCGGCGGUCCCAUUGACUUCGUUGGUAAUGACUUCGCCUUCCUUCGAACUGGAACAACUGGUCCGUUACUUCGAACUACACAGAACGACCAAAAAUAUCUCAACAGGCCUCAGUUUAUCGCGUCAUUUGAAAUUGGCAGUUUUAUCUACUUUUUCUUUCGUGAGUCCGCCCUCGAAUACAUGCGUUGUGGUCAAGCGGUCUAUUCGCGGGUUGGUCGGGUGUGCAAAAACGAUUCAGGCAGUUCCAUCAUGAAGCAUACGUGGACAACCUUCCUCAAGGCUCGACUCAGCUGUUCACUGCCUGGCAAUAUUCCGUUCGACUUCAAUGAGGCUCAAAGUGUCGCCUACCUCAGCUCCCUGAAGACGUUCUAUAUAUCGUUCACGACGCCUGAUAACAGCAUAUAUGGAACAGCAGUGUGUUCAUACACUCUGAAUGAUAUCGAGGCGGCAUUCAAGGGGCCUCUUACGGGCGCGAUGAAUGACUUCCAACGAGGCAGGACAGCUCCAGCCCGUUUCGAGUGCAACAUAAACGAUGAACUUACUAGCGACGAGAUGAUUGACGUCAAACGAUUUCAGCAGACAUUUGACGUUGUGAGAAACGCUCGCACGAUGCCGCUGUAUCAUUCGAAUCUGGAGCGCCUCGUACAUUUACAGGCUGAUGAAGUAUGGACCUCGUAUCAGACGAGCGUUAGGGUUAUUUUUGUCGUCACAUUGGAAGGUACCCUAAAAAAGAUCGUACAUUAUCCAACCACCGAUGUGACCUGUGUCGUCGAGGAAGCGCAUCUGUUCCGUGAUGGCGAAAAGUUGAAUCGGCUGCUAUUAGUCAAGGAGAAGCAUGCUCUAUUUGCUGCUACUGAUAGAGACAUUCUGAGAAUUCCACUCAGUUUCUGCGGCCAAUACGAGUCACGGGAGACCUGCGUCGAUUCCGGCGACCCCUAUUGCGGAUGGGAUUCGCGAGAAGAGCGUUGCAGCACAGCACCUAACGACAACGUACUCGACGCCUUCUGGGCGCAAGGCCAUGUGUGUCCCAUUCGAGAGACUCCUGUUGCUGUUAAUGGAUCAUGGGGACGUUGGAGCAGUUGGCGAGAAUGCGGCCUCGCUGGAGCUCCGGCAGGCGAACUUUGUAAGUGCCGCCAAAGGAAAUGCGAUUCGCCCGCGCCAAGCAAUGGUGGAACCAAUUGUGUUGGACAUAAUGUUCAUGUGGUCAACUGUACGCGACACGGCGGUUGGACCGACUGGACCGAAUGGUCGGCCUGCAGUGCGCAAUGCGGACCCGGUUUUCAGCAUCGGUCCCGUACUUGCAGUAACCCGCAGCCGGCAUUCGGAGGACAUGAUUGCAUUGGAACAGCGCUUGAAGAACGCGGAUGUCCUGAUAACCCUAUAUGCCACCCUUCAGUUGCAGUUCAAAUACCUAAAGAAGUGACACAUUGGAAUGAAUGGGGAGAAUGGUCUGCUUGUAGCUCUCCCUGUGGUGGUGGCUUCCAAGUGAGGCGUCGUCAAUGCGGAACCGCGAUGAAAACACGAGAAUGUGACCUUGGCUGCUCAAAAGAGUAUCGCAGCUGCAAUAACCACGAGUGUCCAGAAGUUAAAAGCGCACCGGAAUGGGGUGAGUGGCAUAUAGUCAGUCCCGUAUCUACGACUAUUGUCGCAGGGGGCAGCCAAAGAGAAAACAGAAAUGGAUCUCUAUCUACUAAUCCAUCGACAUCGGCAGUGAGUUGGCUGGCCCGACGUUUCCGUUAUCAAUGCAUCGCGCGUGUACCUUAUGCAACAUCUAUCCGACUUGUCUUCUCCAAGAAUGAACGAUCCUGCCAAAACCACGUUGACUGCUACACAUCUUGGGCGGCGCAUCAGGAAACGUCCGAAAACGGCUCGCUUUGGUCGACAUGGUCAGCUUGGAGCCCAUGCUCUGUUUCAUGCGGAGGUGGAGUACAGCGUCGAGAACGCGUCUGUAACAAUCGCGGACACGGCAACAGUGGCUGCUCUGGCCUUUCCAUACAGGAACAACAGUGCAACCAGGAACCGUGCCCGAUCGAAGGCUGGUCGGAGUGGACCCCUUGGUCACGCUGUGAUAACUUAAGCGGGGAGCAGCAAAGGAAACGACAAUGUAUCGCCAAAGAACAGUGGCGUUGCCUAGCUAAUGUGCACACACGCGAAUCGCGAAGUUGUCUCAACGACGAGAACGUCAUCGCAUCGGCAUCAAUCGAAAGCCAGUGCAUUGGUGUUGGUUUGCUCACCUUCACGAUGGCUGUGAUCUUGGCGUACGUAUCCGGUUUGGCGACGAUAGUUCUCGUCGUACGAACUUACAAUAAGCGCCAUCAAGAGGAGGUAUUGAUUAGUGGCGCAUCUGGGUCGUUAUGCAAUAGCAUACAGGGCAUUCACGUACCGAAGCAUUUGGCGUCACAGCCACUCGUCCAAGCAGAAAGCAACACGUACGUGCCAAGCUCAGCCUUCAAGGGACAGUUCGAUGUACUGAACUCUCAGACGGCCUCCCCUGUCAAGGUGACGGCCACAAUCAAGCGAUCAAGCACGUUCCGGGCACAGAUAGAAGAUGACCAAAAUUUCUAAAAAGCGUCGACUUGUUGUUUGUAUAUAAAUAGUAUAUAUUUGUGACAAUGUUUUUCCCUAA